AUGAUUAAGUGUUUGAUGGAGUUUGGAGCCAACGCGUUCGCCACCGACAACCUGGGAAGAAAAAAAUGUCAGCUCCUCAUCCGGAGCGGAGCGUCGGUCAACAUCGUGGCUGUGGACUCCAUCACGCCGCUGCACGAGGCCUGUCUGCGGGGACAGGCGCAGUGUGUCCGCCUGCUGCUGGACGCCGGAGCGCAGGUGGAUGCAAGGAACGUAGACGGGAGCACCCCGCUGUGCGAAGCCUGUUCGGCCGGGAGUCUGGAGUGCGUCCAGCUCUUGCUGGAUCACGGCGCCAUGGCCGACCCUGCCCUCACCUCCCGCACGGCCUCGCCCCUCCACGAGGCCUGCAUGGGAGGAAACUCUGACUGCGUGAGGCUGCUGAUUGCCACGGGGGCUUCUCUGGAGGCGUACGACCUUUAUUACGGGACCCCGCUACAUGUGGCUUGUGCCAACAAACACACGGACUGCGUGAAAGAACUGCUCAAUGCAGGCGCUAAGGUGAAUGCCGCCAGGCUACACGACACUCCGCUGCACCACGCUGCCAAGACCAUGCAGGUUGAGAUGGUGGAGACGCUGGUGGAGUUCGGGGCCAACGUCUAUGCCAGGGACCAGCACAACAAGAGACCUGUGGAGUACACCACGCCAGGCUCUCCCUCUGCCACCUGCCUGACCUUUUAUGAGAGCAACCCCAUGAGCCUGCAGCAGCUCAGCAGGUUGGCAUUGAGGACCGAGCUGGGCACCAGAGCGCUGAAGGUCAUAGGUCAACUGAACAUACCAAAGCUCAUCAUCAACUAUCUCUGCUAUUAGUGAGUGAAGGGGGAGUCGGGUCAAUGUUUCCCAGCUCCUCUCUUCUGUUUUUCAUCCACUGCUUCUCAACCACGCCAACGAUUUGGAUUAUAAAGUCAGCAAGAAGAAUUUGUAAUUGGUUAUGAAACAGUUUCCAUUCAAGUGCACCAGGGAAUGAAAAUAGAAAUCCUAACCGUCUCCUCAAGAAGAAGCAUCUUGAGGGAAAAGCUGCACUCUGGUUGCUCCCUCUGGUUUCUCUCAUCGUCACUGGCUCAGGUUGAUAUGCAUAAGCAUGCUGUCAGAAGAUCAUUUUCUACUGUGCUUUUAGUUUAAAGUUCCUGCCAGUGGAGUGUUUAAUUUUAAUUAAGGAUAGUCUGGAUGUUUAGAGCGUUGUCUGUUGUGUGAGUAACAUCUUCAUGCUCGUUAUUACCAUCAUGGAUUAUUACUACAGUUUUGGGAGGACCAGCACGGGGGGAGCGAAGCGAUGUGCUAGUGUGGGUGUACUUUAGACCCCUAAGACAGAGUUCUUUCUCUCUUUUUCUACACUGGUUUUGAGGCAGCGUCUCAUACUGCCACACUUCUAAACAUAAAUUGCUACUUUAAAAGUCUUAAGUGUCAUUUUGAGUUUGCCAUUCGAAUGGAGAAGAGUUUACAUUUGAUUUGGACUAGAGAACAAGUGUCAGAGCUCACUGAGAGUAAGUAGAUGGACAACGUGGUUAUUAGGAAUUAACAUCCACGUCCAGCUAAAGGUUGCUGGAUUGACUCCUCUGGAUUUGCUGAGGAAAUGCCCGCGCGUCGCUGAAACCGCCAUCCCGUAAAUCCCCCAUCCCGUAAAUGCUGAGUAGCGGCCAAAGUAGGAAACGGCGUAUGCGCUGAGGGACCAGAAGGCCGUGUCCUUUCAAAAAUGUACUCUCCAGUGUUGGUGUCACAGCAGACCUCGACGUGACUCUCUCCAGAUGCUGCUUGGCUCCGUCUGGGAUUCCUAGGAUUCACCCCCCCGCCUUAGCGGCGGCCUUUGUGUCUCCCAGCGAUCCUCGCUGCUCUAUAUAUAGCUGCUGUCUGUUGUGCUCAUAGAGACGACCCACAGAGCUCACGGGGGGUGUGAGUAUUUUUAGGAGGAGGUGCAGGAAGUUGUUCCACUAAGUGCUUUAGAUUGCUUAACCGGCUCUCUGCUGAGGGGACAUGGCCUGUUUUGGAAGUAUAAGAACUUACCCAGUUUUGGAAUAUGUCACCUGCGUUUUAACUGUCCAUCCGACGGAUGGCGUCAAAUAGUUCACGCUCGGCCGUCCCCCAAACCUUUUGUCCAGUGUAAGCAUGCAGGAAAUGUCCACUAAACUAAGAUGAGAAAUGGGCCUUCUCCCAAAAUAGAAAUGUUAAACUUCAGCUUUAGAGGCCGAGGGGUUGGUUUGUCGGCGAGGUGCGUUGUCUCGGUUUAACUGUUCUUAAAGUAAAUAAAGUCAGGUUUAAUCUUAUCUAAUCUCCAAUGUUCAAACCAUGCUGAUUUAUAAAAGAAACGGAGGAAUGCCCCCAAAGAUGUGUCAUCAAUAUUUAUCUUAUUGUUGUGAAUAUGUUUAUUUACUGAAUAAAUUGAUCUGUCUUCGUGCUUUUG